AUGUCGAAUAUAAAAUAUACCGAGUUACAAGACAAAGCGGAUGUUGGCAAAGAUAAUACCAAUGUAGAAGAAGUUGGCGUAGCAAGUACGCAAGAAGACGUUCAAGUCAACGUUAAAGGAUCAACUAUCCCACUCAUUCUAUUUGUCUUUGGAUUCAUGAUGCCAAUAGUGUGGAUUGUGAAUUAUAUUCUCUACAAACAAACGACAUUCAAAAACGAAAAAAUGUGGUCGACCGUAUCACUCUACAUGUUUUUGGUGUAUUUUAUCACAUUCAUCAUUGUGUGUCUUCUCUAUCUCCUGUUUUGCUAA